UUCAUUUAGUACACCUAGUGCAACCAAAAUGGCUGCGUCGCAAUUUCAUGUGUUGAAAUCCCCCAAGUGACGAUGUCUCAAAGGGCCGGCCCGGGCAAUCCGAGGAAAAGGGGCCAUCAACAUCAUCCUCGCAAUGACAGCACCAGAAGGAGGGCCGCCCUAGAGCACACCCCCAAUGACCCACUAGCAACGGAAAGUGCCUCAAAAGCCCCAUGUGAUACCCCAUGUGAUGUAGAAAUUAAGAGUCUCAAAGAUGAACAAAACGAAAAAAUACGAGUCGAGGACAUGUCGACGGUGUUCCGCCCCGCCGCCGAGGGGUCCAGCCAGAGCGACCAGGAGGAGGUGGACCCCGAGAUCGAGGAGUUGGCAAGACUGCGCUGCACGUCGGAGAGGACGGAAGUCGUCGCCGAGAGGGAGACCAGGAGGAGAGGCAGGAGAUGUGCAGACUAUCCAGGGUUGGCCUUCGCCAGUUCCAUCUUCAGUUCAGACACCCUCAUCAAGUUUUCCAUCAUCAGGAAUGAGCUGCACAACAUUAUGAACACGCAGUUGAAAAGGGCUGAAUCAGAAGUAGCUGCCCUCAACCGUCGUAUUCAGUUGCUCGAAGAAGAUUUGGAACGUUCAGAAGAGCGUUUGGCCACCGCCACUGCCAAAUUGGCCGAAGCUUCCGCCGCUGCCGAUGAGAGCGAAAGGAUACGCAAAGCCUUAGAAAAUCGAACCAACAUGGAGGAUGACAGAGUAGCCAUCUUGGAAAACCAAUUGUCUCAAGCUAAACUCAUAGCCGAAGAAGCCGACAAAAAAUACGAAGAGGUUGCCAGAAAAUUGGUCCUUAUGGAACAAGAUUUAGAGCGAGCCGAAGAAAGGGCCGAACAAAGUGAAAGCAAAAUCGUAGAACUUGAGGAGGAACUCCGCGUCGUUGGUAACAACUUGAAAUCCCUUGAAGUGUCUGAAGAAAAGGCCAACCAACGCGAAGAGGAAUACAAAAAUCAAAUUAAGAACUUGACCACUCGCCUAAAGGAGGCUGAAGCUCGUGCUGAGUUUGCUGAACGUUCCGUACAGAAACUGCAGAAGGAGGUCGAUAGACUAGAAGACGACCUCUUGGCCGAAAAGGAAAAGAACAAACUGUUAUCUGACGAGAUGGAAGCUACAUUGCAUGAUAUCCAAAAUAUGUAAACCAAUUCAGUACUACCAACAUUCCUGCCUUGCAUUCCCCUCCAAGAACAGUAGCAUCGCUCGGCAUUUUUUUGUUUUCCGGUGCUUAUUGCAAUUAAAUUUAGUAGUGUGAUGGCACAAUAAGCACAGUAGAUCAGGCAUUUUUCAUGUUGAUCUCUCGGUUUGUGGCAAUAUGAUCAACACUGCCCUGAUUUUCAAUAUCAAAAAUAUCAAUUUUUGUACAUUUUCAAGUAGUCACUUCGUGUGGAUGAAAGGAUUUCAUAAUUAAUCAUUAUGUAUUAUAAUUAACUUUGUUUAAGAGCGGUUUUUGGGGUACAGGUAAUCACGUGAAGUCCUUUCAUUUACAGACGCUUUAAAUCUUAAUUUUUUACUGUAAUGUUAUUUCUUCUAGUAUUAUAAAGUAAAUUUAUAUUUUAAAGUCUGUUUAUAUCUAAUUGCGAUGUAAGCUAAUGAGUAUAUGAUGAAAAAUGUUUUUUUAAGUUGA